AUGGCGCGGAGCCCGGUCACGACUCCGCCAGACGCGGGGUCGGCCGGCAGGCCGUCGGUGACUUCCAGCGACACCUACGUCGAGAUAGACAGCCUCGCGCUCAUCAAGGCGCUUAAGCACUGCAAGGACAACUACCCGGUGCCGGUCAACGGCCAGCUGCUGGGCAUGGCCUUCGGCGACAAGCUCGAGGUCACCAACUGCUUCUCGUUCCCGCAGAAGCGCGACAUCUACAACGCACUCAACCGUGACAAGAGCACCACCAACAUGAGCGAGAAGGAGCUGGAGGAAAAGGCGGACGAGGAGUUCAUGAAGUACCAGGACAAGAUGACGGACCUGCUGCACGACAUCCACGUCGACUGCUUCGCCAUCGGAUGGUACCAGACGCUGCACUUCGGGGAUGUGCAGUCCAAGGAGGUCAUCGACAACCUGGUUAUUUACCAGGAGGCCAUUGACCAGGCUAUCAUGCUGGGCUUCGACCCGAUGUCGAGCACUGGCGAGAUCUCGUUCAAGGCCUACCGCGCCUCUGACCAGCUGCUCGAGGUGUACCAUAACGCGCAGGGCGACGUGAAGAACUUCAACAACCUCAAGGGCACGCAGAUCCUGGUCGAGGUGCCGAUCGUGGUCAAGAACUCCAUCCUCUCGGAGUGCUUCCUCAGCCAGUACGUGUUCGACAGCCCCGCGCAGAACGUCUCCGUCUUCGACAUUCUGGACGCAGACCACAACAAGUACCUCGCGCACAAUCUCGAGUUCCUCUCGCAGUCGCUGGAGGCGCUCUGCGACAACCAGGACAAGGUGAUCCGCUACCAGCGCGAGCUCGCCAAGCUGACCCAGCACCACAAGCAGCUGGUCGAGCGCCGCAGGCUGGAGAACGAGCAGAACCGCCUCAAGGGCGAGCCCGUGCUGCCUCUUCCGGAGCUGGACCUCAGCCCGCUGAAGAAGGUCGAGAAGCCAUCGCAGUUGUCCACCAUCGUCAUGAGCAACGAGUGCGCCACCCACACCAAGAACGUCAGCGCGCUCUGCUUCGACAACAUCGCAAAGAUGUCAGUGCUCUUCCACCGCAUGUCCGCCAUGUCGGGAGGACGUUAA